UCCUUCAGCCACGAAAGGCCACCGUCAGGUGCGUAUGAAAUCUGUCUCAAACACUAUUCUUGAUCUUUUUCGUAGAUUCUCCCAUUUCAGAGCAAAACCAUUGAAAAUAUUGAGUACCCACACUGGGUUUCAAACCCAAAUUUCAGUUACUUGCUAAACCUAACCAGUACACCGUAAAUAUUCCCGAGAAAAUCGUGAGAAAGAGCAAGGAAUUGGCUUUAGGAAGCAAAGCAACUCAUAUCCAUCACCACCAAGGUCAAGGCCAAGCUCCAGCUCAGUCUUCAGCGGAGCACAAGAAAUCUUGAAUCCCCAUCAAGAGUUUAUGACCGAAUUUUCAGUUACUUACUAAACCUAGCAAAAAAGGUGUGAAUUUUCCCGGGAAAAUAGCAAGAAAGUUCAAGAAGAUGGGUUCAGGAAGCAAAACAACCCAUACCCACCACCCAGUAGCUCAAGCUCAGUCUUCCGGUACUAGUAACGUUAGGGACUCAGUCAGCAAAGCAAUUGCUCAGUACACUGUGGAUGCUCGGCUCCACGCCGUAUUCGAACAAUCCGGCGAAUCGGGUAAGUAUUUUGAUUACUCAGAGUCAGUUAAAACAACUACAGAGUCAGUCCCAGAGAAGCAGAUCACUGCUUACUUGUCUAAAAUCCAGAGAGGCGGUCAUGUUCAGCCCUUUGGCUGUAUGAUUGCUGUUGAUGAGGCCACUUUUAGAAUCAUAGGGUAUAGCGAAAAUGCCCAAGAAAUGCUUUCUCUCACGGCACAAUCAGUUCCUAGUCUUGAGAAGCAAGAGAUCCUCACAGUUGGGACUGAUGUGAGAACCCUUUUCACCCCAUCAAGUGGGGUUUUGCUUGAAAGGGCAUUUGGAGCUCGAGAAAUCACGCUGUUAAACCCCGUGUGGGUUCAGUCCAAGAGCUCAGGGAAACCGUUUUACGCGAUUCUGCAUAGGAUUGAUGUGGGUAUCGUAAUUGAUUUGGAACCGGCAAGGACAGAGGACCCUGCCUUGUCCAUUGCUGGGGCUGUGCAGUCUCAGAAGCUUGCUGUGCGAGCCAUUUCACAUUUGCAGUCGCUUCCAGGUGGGGAUAUUAAACUUUUGUGUGAUACAGUGGUUCAGAGUGUGAGGGAGCUUACUGGAUAUGAUAGGGUUAUGGUGUACAAGUUUCAUGAGGAUGAACAUGGCGAGGUGGUGGCUGAGAGCAAGAGGCCGGAUUUGGAUCCUUAUAUUGGUCUACACUAUCCUGCAACUGACAUUCCACAAGCUUCAAGAUUUUUAUUUAGGCAAAAUCGGGUUAGGAUGAUUGUAGACUGCAAUGCCACGUCAGUUCGAGUAGUUCAGAAUGAAGCACUAAUGCAACCUUUGUGCUUAGUCGGUUCAACACUUAGGGCUCCUCAUGGUUGCCACGCCCAGUACAUGGCAAACAUGGGGUCCACUGCUUCUUUAGCCAUGGCAGUUAUUAUCAAUGGAAGUGAUGAUGAUGGUGCUGGGGGUCGGAACUCAAUGAGGCUUUGGGGUCUUGUGGUUUGCCAUCACACUUCUGCUCGUUGUAUACCGUUCCCCCUCCGUUAUGCCUGUGAAUUCCUAAUGCAAGCCUUUGGACUCCAACUGAACAUGGAAUUGCAACUGGCUUCACAGUUGUUAGAGAAACGCGUUUUAAGGACCCAAACCCUAUUGUGUGACAUGCUCCUUCGUGACUCGCCCAGUGGGAUUGUUACUCAAAGUCCUAGUAUAAUGGACCUUGUAAAGUGUGAUGGAGCUGCACUUUUUUACCAAGGGAAGUACUAUCCCUUAGGUGUGACCCCUACUGAAGCCCAGAUAAAGGAUAUCGUGGAGUGGUUGUUGGCCUUCCAUGGGGACUCUACUGGUUUGAGCACUGACAGUUUGGCUGAUGCAGGAUACCCUGGUGCAGCGUCACUUGGCGAUGCAGUGUGUGGAAUGGCGGCUGCUUAUAUCACUUCAAAAGAUUUCUUGUUCUGGUUCCGGUCCCACACGGCAAAAGAGAUCAAGUGGGGCGGUGCAAAACAUCACCCAGAGGACAAAGACGAUGGGCAAAGGAUGCAUCCACGUUCUUCUUUCAAGGCGUUCUUGGAAGUGGUUAAGAGCCGCAGUUUCCCAUGGGAGAAUGCUGAAAUGGAUGCAAUUCAUUCUUUGCAGCUUAUUUUGCGAGAUUCAUUUAAGGAUGCCGAGGGAAGCAAUUCUAAGGCUAUUGUAAAUGCCCCACUCGGGGAUUUAGAGUUGCAAGGAAUGAAUGAGCUCACCUCUGUCGCGCGUGAAAUGGUUAGGUUGAUUGAGACUGCAACAGCUCCCAUAUUUGCUGUUGACGCGUAUGGCCGCAUAAAUGGUUGGAAUGCUAAGGUUGCAGAGUUGACAGGAUUAUCUGUUGAGGAAGCCAUGGGAAAAUCUCUGGUUCGUGAUCUUGUUUUCAAGGAAUCAGAAGAAACCAUUGACAAGCUUCUGUUUAAUGCUUUGAGAGGUGAAGAAGAUAAGAAUGUAGAAAUUAAAUUGAAGACAUUUACCUCAGAACCACAAAAGAAGGCUGUUUUCCUGGUGGUCAAUGCUUGCUCGAGCAAGGAUUACACGAAUAAUGUAAUUGGUGUGUGCUUCGUCGGUCAGGAUGUUACUGGUCAAAAAGUGGUAAUGGACAAAUUUAUCCACAUACAAGGUGAUUACAAGGCUAUUGUACAUAGUCCCAACCCUCUGAUCCCACCAAUAUUUGCGUCAGAUGAGAACACCUGUUGCUGUGAGUGGAACACCGCUAUGGAAAAGCUCACUGCGUGGGGCAGAGGGGAAAUCAUAGGCAAAAUGUUGGUUGGUGAGAUUUUUGGCAGUUGUUGUCAGCUCAAGGGCCCAGAUGCUAUGACAAAAAUGAUGAUUGUAUUGCACAAUGCAAUCGCAGGACAAGAAACAGACAAGUUCCCAUUUUCCUUCUUUGACCGAAAUGGGAAAUAUGUGCAAGCUCUCUUGACAGCAAAUAAGAGGGUUAAUAUGGCUGGCCAGAUAAUUGGAGCCUUCUGUUUCCUUCAGAUUCCAAGUCCCGAAUUACAGCAAGCUCUAAAAGUCCAGAGACAACAGGAGAGGAAAUGCUUCACAAGGAUGAAAGAGUUGGUUUACAUUUGUCAGGAGAUAAAGAAUCCGUUAAGUGGUAUACGCUUUACUAACUCGCUGUUGGAGGCGACAGAGUUGACUGAAGAUCAGAAGCAGUUUCUUGAGACGAGUGCUGCUUGUGAGAAGCAGAUGUUAAAGAUUAUAAGGGAUGUUGAUUUGGAGAGCAUUGACGAUGGUUCAUUGGAGCUUGAGAAGGGUGAAUUCUUUGUUGGAGGCGUUAUAGAUGCCGUCGUUAGCCAAGUAAUGAUGUUGCUUAGGGAAAGAGGUGUACAAUUGAUACGGGAUAUUCCAGAAGAAAUCAAAACAUUGGCUGUUUAUGGUGAUCAGGUGAGAGUUCAACAGGUGUUGGCUGAUUUCUUGUUGAAUAUGGUGCGGUAUGCACCUUCUCCAGAUGGUUGGGUCGAGGUUCAAGUUCAACCAAGAUUGAAGCAAAUUUCUGGUGAAACAACUAUGGUUCAUAUUGAAUUCAGGAUUGUAUCCCCAGGUGAUGGCCUACCUCCAGAACUCGUGCAAGACAUGUUUCACAGCAGCCGAUGGGUGACUCAGGAAGGCCUAGGUCUAAGCAUGUGCAGGAAGAUUCUAAAGCUUAUGAACGGAGAAGUCCAAUAUAUUAGAGAGUCAGAGAGAUGCUAUUUCCUAAUUAUCCUCGAACUUCCCAUGCCAAGGAGAGGCUCCGAGAGUGUUCAGUAGCUUAUUGGCAUUAAGACUCGCCAGAAUUACCAGAAUCUCCUCAAAUUCAAAUGGAAACCUCAUUUUUAGCCUUAUCAUUCGAGAUGGCUUGAACAAAACCUAAUACAGGGUUUCACUCAGGCUAAAGCCUCACAACUCCGCACAGGUGUCCAAUUAUACUACCUACCAUAUUUCAGUUUCAGCCAUUUUGGACUUCAUUUGUGCUUUCUUUUUACGUACAUCGGGAUCGAGAUUACGUGAUGCUGUCCGAUAUCGAGGGCCAAGAGCUUGUUAUUUGACACGUUAAUAAACUACCACGGCCUGAAGACAGACAGUUUCACUGGUGUGUGCAGAUGGAUUGGGUGCGUUCGGCAUAACUGUAAUCUUUUAUACUAUUUGAGUCUUAAGUAUUUGCAAAGUGUCCUCUCAAGUUUUGAAGACAACCAUGUAAUAACUACUGCUUCAAGGAUACUUCCCUUAAAAGCUCAUCUUAUUCACCCCCUCCUGGUAAUAAAGACAACUUGCUCUAGUUGUUGUAACCUAUGUAACAUGAUAUACUGGCAAUCUAAUUUGUGUAUAACUUUCUCUU